AUGACAGACGAGCUCAGUCAUAGACGGAAGGUCUGUUAUUACUAUGACUCUGACGUCGGUAACUACUACUACGGGCAGGGGCACCCCAUGAAGCCCCACCGAAUUCGCAUGACCCACAAUUUGCUCGUCAACUACGGUCUCUACAGAAAGAUGGAGAUCUUCCGGCCUUCCAAGACCUCCGCAGAGGACAUGACCAAGUUCCAUUCCGAUGAUUACAUCAAGUUCCUCAAGAACAUUCGACCGGAUAAUAUGAACGAUUAUACAAAAAGUAUGCAGCGAUUCAACGUAGGAGAAGAUUGCCCAGUGUUUGACGGUCUCUUCGAAUUCUGUCAGAUCUCCGCCGGUGGAUCCAUUGCCGGAGCAGUCAAGCUCAACAGAAAUCACACAGAUGUGGCUGUCAAUUGGGCUGGUGGGCUUCACCACGCAAAGAAGUCUGAAGCUUCCGGGUUCUGCUACGUCAAUGACAUCGUUCUCGCGAUUCUAGAGCUACUGAAACAUCAUCAACGAGUGCUCUACAUCGAUAUUGACAUCCACCACGGUGAUGGAGUUGAAGAAGCGUUCUACACGACCGACCGCGUAAUGACCGUCUCUUUCCACAAGUACGGCGAGUACUUCCCUGGCACAGGAGAUCUCAAGGAUAUUGGAGCAGCCAAGGGCAAAUACUACUCCCUCAACUUUCCUCUAAGAGAUGGCAUGGAUGACGACUCUUUCAUCAACCUUUUCCAGGCUACUCUGGGAAAAGUUAUGGAGCGAUAUCAACCCUCAGCAAUCGUUCUCCAGUGCGGUGCUGAUUCUCUCACCCAGGAUCGACUUGGCUGCUUCAAUUUGACUCUCAAAGGCCACGCAAAAUGCGUCGAGUUCAUGCUCAAAUUCAACAAGCCCCUUCUUUUACUCGGUGGAGGUGGAUACACAAUCAGGAAUGUGGCACGAUGUUGGACGUACGAAACCGCUACCGCUCUUGGGGAGGAAAUAGCAAAUGACCUUCCAUACAACGAUUACUUCGAGUACUUCGGGCCUGACUUCAAGCUUCACAUUCAGCCUAACAACUCCGAGAACAAGAACUCGUACGAGUACCUCGACAAGAACAAAGAGAGACUAUUCCAAAAUCUCCAAGACGCGCUUUUUUUAAGUGUCCAGAUGCAUGAUCGACUUCCUGAUGGUGUUACUGUCAACGAGUCCACUAAAGGUCGAUCCGAAGGCGACCCAGAUAUAAGAAUUCAACCUGGAGAGCGAGACGCUAGAAUCGAUCGCGACGAUGAAUUCUCCGAUUCAGAAGACGAAGGCGAAGGUGGAAGACGUAAUAAAGAAGAUUACAAAUCGAACGGGGCUGAAGCAAUGGACACGGCGUAA